UUGAACACAGCGUCAAGGCUUGAAUAUCCACCCGGUGAGCAAUACCUACUGAGACAUUACCGACCGGAAGCCAUCCCACCGUCGCCCACAAUGUCGGAUGCUGCGCCGCCACACCCACGUGCCGGGUCCGCGGACGAUCAAAAAGGAUCGCUUUCCCUGGCCGACCGCAUGAAGCAAUACGAAGCUACUUUCGACUUCACUCUUCCUCUCUCCUCUCCGGUCAUACUCCGCCUAGAUGGCCACACCUUCUCGCGCUUUACAGCGCAUUUCUGCCGCCCGUUCGACCAGCGCAUCCACGAUGCAAUGGUAUCAACAUGCUCCGAUCUCCUCAAAUACUUCCCUCAAGCAACAGUGGCAUAUACGCAGUCCGAUGAGAUAACGCUGGUCUUCCCGGCCGGCGUCCAGACCUUCAACGAGAGGGUGCAGAAGCUGAGUAGCUUGGCGGCAAGUUACUGCUCGGUGAGGUUCAACGCGCAUCUCGCCGCAUUCCUGGCUGCGAACCCGGAACCCAAGGUCAAGGUCUCCGCAUACGAUAAAUUAGGCACUGCGCACUUCGAUGCGCGCUUUUUCGCCGUCCCGUCGGUCGAGGAAGCGCUGAAUUGCCUGCUCUGGAGAUGCCGCGGCGAUGCCGUGAGGAAUUCCGUCAACGCGUUCGCGAGGACGCUGUAUUCGGAUAAGCAACUGCAUAAGAAGACAACGAAAGAGGUGCUGCGGAUGAUGGAAGAAGACAAAGGUGUGAAAUUUGAGGAAGCGGUGCCGAAGUGGGCGGUCGAGGGGAGCCUGAUGAAGAGGGAGCAGUAUGAGCACACAGGGACGAAUUUGAAGACAGGGCAAGAGGAAGUUGCGCUCCGGACGAGGACGAGGGUUGAGGAUCGCGGCGUGAGGGAGUUCUCGGCGGAGAACCUGAAGUUGGUGACCGAGAAGUAUUGGUGAGGUUGAAGAGAUGGUUUUCGUGCGG